CAGAAAGCAUAUUUGAAGAAAUAUUUAUCUUCGGGAAAUGGCGAUGACAAGAAAAAGAGGAAAAAGAAAAGGCUUAAUGUAGGAGCAAAGACGUUAUAAUGAUUGUUUCACGCGCCUGGAAUUUUAGGGUGAAAUAGUUUGAAACUUUUAUAUAACGAAUCGUGACAAAAAUAUACUCUAUUACCUGUCAUUUCUUUGAUUCUGUCAUAAAGUAAUGCUGAAGAUUAAUUUAACUAGAAGAAGAAUUGCAAUAACCUUGCAAUGCAUUAAAUUAAUACCAACCCUAAACAUAGAAAAUAAUAAGUUACUUAAGAAGAUUAUUCACUUCCUUUCUCAAAUUCUUAGAUGUGUUUUGCAGAGUAAAAAUCAUUGACGAUGACAUAGACCUGAAGAAUAUGAGACCGAUCGAUGAUAAUGAAAUUGAUAUUUUCAUUGACGGAGAAGAUGCACCUCAAAUUGCUGGUAUUGUGGAUGAACGUGGACCAGUUGAUUUCACAGAUAAAAGGAGAUGGAAAAUUAUAGCUAAUAGUCAAGAUGGAGAUCUGACUAUUACAAGUCAAUACAAAGAAAACAAGCAAUCUACGUACAUUGCAAAUGAUUCCAACAAUGAUUCAAGUCCUUCCAGAAAAGAAUCUAAAAAGCAUACUAACUCGCAUAAUAAGAACUAUCAAAGGAAUAGGAAUAGUGAUAGUAAUUCAGAUGCUGAUAUUCCUCUUUAUAAAAACAAAAAACAUAUAAGACGGAAAAAGAAAAUAUCUGAAUCUGAUAUGAAUCCGCCAAGACAAAAUCAUAAUAAAGGCUAUGAUUCUGAUUUAAGUCAACCUAGAAUGUCUAAAUCUAAGAACUAUGAUCCUGAUUUAAGGCCACCUAGAAAAUCUAAAUCUAGGAACUAUGAUUCCGAUUUAAGUCCAUCCAGGAAGUCUACAUCUAAGAACUAUGACUCCGAUUUAAGUCCACCUAGAACAUCUAAAUCUAGGAAUGACGAUUCUGAUUUAAGUCCACCCAGGAAGUCUAAAUUUAAGAAUUAUGACUCCGAUUUAAGCCCACCUAGAAAAUCUAAAUCUAGGAACGAUGAUUCUGAUUUAAGUCCACCUAGAAAGUCUAAAUCUAGGAACUAUGAUUCCGAUUUAAGUCCUUCCAGGAAGUCUAAAUCUAAGAAUUAUGAUUCUGAUUUAAGUCCACCUGGAAAAUCUAAAUCUAGGAAUGACGAUUCUGACUUAAGUCCAUCUAGAAAGAAUAAGAAACGCAAGUCUGAGAAAAUGAUAAAACAUACGAGUAGAAGUGAUACAGAUUCGAGUCCACCAAGAAAUAAGAAGAAUAAGAAUUUUGAUUUUGACUUAAGUCCACCGAGAAAAACUAAGAAAGGCAAGUAUGAGAAAAGAAAGUCGGAUUUAGAUUCUAGAAAAUUGAAUAAGAAUUCUGAUUCAGACUUAAGUCCGCCAAGAAGAGUUGAGAAACAGGCAAAUACAUAUUUGAGUACCAAACAAAGGUAUAGGAAUGAUAAUUCUGAGUUUAGUCCACCUAGACAAAUUAGAAGGCACAAACAUGGAGACUCGCAUGCGAGUUUACCCAAAGAGAGCAAGCGUCAUAAUCAUUCCGAUAAAAGUACUUGGCUAGGAAAGAGAUAUCCUGAUUUGGAUACAAGUUCAUCUUAUAGAUGGAACAGGGAUAGAAGUAGAAGCAAAUCUAAGGAAGAUGGUAGAGAUUUGUACAAGUCGAAAAAGAAAAGAGACACUAGAUAUCAGUCCGAAGGCUCUUUCAGAAAUGGAAAAUCUACAAGUGAUUAUAGCAAUCAUAAAAAGUUGGUUUCAAAGCACAGAGACGAUAUAGAAGAUAGCGAAAUGCGAAUGAAGAAAACAUUAGAUGGAAAGAAAGCUGGAUUGCAAGAUGCAAGGGCAUUACGAGAGGAAACAGAAGCCCAUAAAAAAAGAGAAGCUGAACACUUUAGCAAGCUUAGCAAAGAAGUCACUGGCGUUGGUCAGGCUGCAAUUCUACGAGAUUCUAAAACGGGUAGAAAACGUAAUUUAGAAGCAGAAGCAGCAGAGGAGCGCGAGAAACAGAAGAGACAAACAGAAUUGAAUGAAAAGUAUGCUAAGUGGGGGAAGGGGUUGAAACAAGUCGAAGAUCGCGAAGAAAAAUUAAAAGACGAUCUCUACGAAAUGAGUAAGCCACUUGCAAGAUAUGCAGACGAUGCCGAUUUGGAUAAAAGACUCAGAGAUCAAGAAAGAGAAGGCGAUCCGAUGUUAGAAUAUAUUAAACAGAAGCAGAUUAAGGAAGGAAAGAGAAAACCAGAUCGACCAACUUACGAGGGAUCUUUCAUGCCAAAUCGAUUCGGUAUCAAACCUGGUUACCGUUGGGACGGCGUCGACAGGAGCAAUGGCUACGAGAAAAAGUGGUUCGAAGCGCAAAACGCUAAGACGGCUCUUCAAGAAGAAGCAUAUAAAUGGAGCACUGCUGACAUGUAAAAUGUAUACAGUUUCUGUUUGUAUACGAAUUGGACUUCGUAACGAUCAAUACAUGUAUCCGAUCGUUAAUCAACUGUAGGCACUUGAAGUUUGUAAAAUAUUAUCUGGCUGAUCUACACUAAAUAAACAUCUCCUACAACUCAUUGUCCAGGCUUUA